AACACACCUCGCGCAAUGUUCAGCCUCCCGAGAAUAUCGCUGCCGUCCUUCCUUCGCGGAGGGGCAGGCUCCUAUCUUGCCGUCGAUCUGCCCUCGGUACAAGUCCAUGAUAUCGAAACUGCUGCUGACAAGCGGCCGCGAACCCUCAAGCAUCUGCUCAAAGCGAAUCAUGCCAAUCACGCCAUCAUCUACCACAACCUCACCUUCCACAACCAUACACCGCACAUUCUAGGCUCGGCUUACCUUCUUGGAGGCACUGCGGAGCACUUGAACGACAUCUAUGAGAAGGAAGCUGAGCAGUUAGAACCCUGGCACGAUGCGCCGGGCGAGAUAACCAAGGAUGACUGGAGGGAUUUUCUGGGCAAGCGCGAGUAUCAGCGCGCCUUUAUCGAUUUCUUCGAAGACCAGCUAGUCACCAAAAGGUAUAGCGUCGAGGAGGUGCUCGACGAGUUCUUGUUCGAGGGCAAAGAGCCAUUGAUAAAUGGCAUCAUCUGUGGACUCGCACAUCCUCUGAUUCACCUUGGAUAUGCAUAUGAGCUGAACUCAAAGACGGUGGCCAUCGAAGCCUUGGCAAUGGGCGCCUGCUUCUACAGCUCUCUUCACAAAUAUAUUGACGACCCCAAAUACACCAAGCCCAGUCCUCAUAGUACGGCCGGGGCCCAAUCUAGUCUGGUCGAUAUUCUUGAAAAAGUGCGCCAAGAUGCUCGUUUCGACGGUCUGUACGACCACCGGAGUGGAGACAUUUCAAAAGUGCUUGAAGAGCAGGAAGAGGCGUUUUUGGAAUACUGGAACGCUUGGGAAAUCACCAAUCCCAACGAACAGUUUCGUGCCGCACAGGAACUUGGAGCAGGACUGUUGGUGGGCACACCAGCUCCUGCUCCUGGCCAGUACGACUUUUUCAUUGUACAUGUACUCACCAGCUCACAUGCAAUCCGCAUCUUGCUUCCUUUGAUCCCGGCCAAGUUCCAUGUCAGCUUGCUACGCCAAUGGUGGCUGUUCGCACUAGCUGUGUUCAUUGCGCAGACGCGACCAGAAAUCGAUAUGGACAAACUAAUGUUGAUGGAAGAUAGCAAGAAGAGCUGGAAACAUGUUGUGGACAGGGCAUUGAAUGGGCCGCAUGCAAUUGAUGCGCCCUACGUCAAAGCACUACGGGCCAUGAAAGUAGCAGAAGAGACAUGGGGAGCUUCGGAGAAUGAGUCGAGCCAUUGGCUCAAAGCAGCAGUUAAGUUUGCCGAUGAGUUUGAGGGUUGGGGAGGAUUUGGUAUGGCCGAAGACGAGGCGAGGAUGGCCUACCCGGAGAAUCAGUAAGCUCGAGGGGAACGAAACAGAAAAAAUUGUACAAUAAUUAUGGAGUUCAUAGGGUAUUUAUGCCUGUCUC